AUGUCCGACAAACUCUCAAUCCGUUCUACAUCCUCUCUCUGUCUCUCCUAUUUCUCUCUCUCUCUCAAUAUCUCUCUCGCAUCUCAUCCAUCUCUCUCUCUCUCUCUCAUCUAUCUUUCUCAUCUCUUUGCUUUUAUCUCUCUCUCACACCCAUCUGUCUAUCUCUUUCUCAUUCUUUAUUCUCCCUCUAUUUCCUUCACUGGUAAUUCUAACCCCACCCUCCCUCUCACUCGUAAUUCUCUAUGUCUUGUUAUCUAUCUAUAUAGCAUUCAUUCUUCUUUUUCUUUUCCUUUCCUUUCCUUUCCUUUCCUUUCCUUUCCUUUCCUUUCCUUUCCUUUCUUUCUUUCUUUCUUUCUUUCUUUCUUUCACCAUAUUUCGUUCUUAUUCCCUUCUCACGAAUUUCUUCCUUUCUUUUUAAUUGACUUCUUUCUUUCUUUUUUCUUCUUUCUUUCUUUCUUUCUUUCUUUCUUUCUUUCUUUCUUUCUUUUUGACUCCUAUGUCUUAUACCGAUUUCUUUCUUUCUUUCUAUUUUUCUAUGUUCUUUCUAUUUUUCUUUCUUUCUUUCUUUCUUUCUUUCUUUCUUUCUUUCUUUCUUUCUUCGUGCGUGUGUAA